AUGGAAGCCGAGGAGCAUCUCGCGAGGGAAUACGUACAGGAGUUUGUUCUCGAUCAUCUCGAUCCCGCCGACGUUAAACGGGAGGUACGAAUCAGCUCUCCAAUGAUGGUGAACGGUAGCGUAGUGCAGUUACCUGGUCAGGUACAAACGCAAGGUCUGGCUCUGGCGCCUUUGACGCCGCCAGCGCACGAGUUAGAGCAGCCCCAUCCGCUUUACGGGCAGCCGCACAUUCAGGUGCAGCACGGUGUCCUGGUGAAGGCACCACCGGGUACAGCAUCGCAUCUGACGACUCUCUCGCAUCCUGGAACACCGCCGGACACGCCUCCGGUCUCGGCAUCACCGCCGCCGUUGCAGUUGCACCGGGGUGAGCGUGAUUCCCGCGACAGAGGUUUGUUCCUGCAUCUGCAACAGCCUGGAUCCAUCGUCCAGGACGAGAUGCAGGCAGGUACCGGUGGUAUGGGCUGGCUGACGCAGUCUCUCAGGCAGGAGCCGCUAGAUCUCAGGCCUCAUUGCCCUCAGGAGCAGACGCCGGAACCUCAUCAUGAGGCAUGGCCCUCUACGCCAACGCAUCAUCAUUUCCAAGACCUGCAGCAUCUGCAGCGUCACCCGAGACAUGGUGGAUACAUCACGAUGUCGGGCCACAUAGAGUACUAUGGGGGUGCAGGAGCAGGCGGCGGGAUGCUUCCCGCGGGCGGAAGUGGAAUGUCAGGGAUGGAAGACAGCAUGCAGGGCAUACCUAUGCAACCGGGAAGGCCGAUGAGCGUUUGUUCAGUGAGUUCUUGCGGCGCUGGUGGGCCUAGUCCGGCUCACCGACCAGGAAACGGUCUCUACCCGAACUGCGGGAGUAACAAUCCCCAGGAAGAACUCAUGAACGACGAGCUGCUCAUGUCGCUUUCCGUGCGCGAGUUGAACAAACGCCUCCAUGGUUGCCCGCGGGAAGAGGUCGUGCGUCUGAAGCAGAAGCGACGGACCUUGAAGAACCGUGGCUACGCUCAGAAUUGCCGUAGCAAGAGGCUGCAACAACGUCACGACCUCGAGACGACGAAUCGAAACCUGCAGAAUGAACUUCAGCGGGUGAAGAUCGAGCUGGCUCGGGUCCAGCAGGAACGCGAUCUCUACAAGCAACGAUGCGAGAUCCUGAGGACGCGACAGAGCCAUAAUCAUAAUCACAACCACAACCAUCAUCAGCAACAGGCGUCGCAGCCGCAGCAGCAGCCGCAGCCGCAGCAGCAGCAACAACAGCAGCCACAGCAGCAGCAGCAGCCACAGCCGCAGCAGCAUCAACCAGCGCAGAAUCAACAGCAGCAACCACCGCAACAACAGCAGCAGCCGCCGCAACAGCAACAUCAACCAGCGCCUGCCACCCCGGAAGUCUAUCUGUGACAUCGACAGCGCCGAGGAGGCGCUUGCUGGACCUGAACAGACAUCCGUCGUGAUCGCCAGGCUCUCGAUCGUGUCAUACCUGGCCGCGUGGGGUUGAAAAUAAUAGACCAGACAAGCGAC